CGGUGGCGUUGCUGACGUAACAUCUGGUCCGCUCGCUGACACCGAUACGCGCUAUCGGUCGGCACACGCGCUUCUUCGCAUUCCAACCAUAACCCCUGCUGAAAAAUUGUAGAACCCCCUCGAAUCCCAGCCCGUAUGCAGAUUACGCGUACGCGUGACGUCAUCCGGCGAACGAGGUUUACUCGACGAUGUGCGCGGUCUCUCGAUGUGUGAAUGGUGCUUAAAGAAGUUCGUCGACUCGUAGUCCCUUAAUUUGUUGGUUAAGCAAUUAGUAAUCAUGGCGGUGACCUCGUCCCGGGUGGACGAGCUCGUGCAGUCCGUCAGUCUGCACAAUCCGCGCGCGUGGAUGCUGAACGGCUACGUGAUGCCGUUCGUGAUGCUGCAGACCCUGUGGAUCUACUGCUGGAUCUUCGUCUACGGCGUCGACGAGUACUAUGACGCGGGUCUGGUCGGCAUCGCGGCGAUCGGCGUGCUGCAGAUCUUUUUGUGUCUGUGCUGCCAAUGGUCGGUGCACGUGCACACGUUCUUAAAUUGCAGCUCGGAAAAAGAUCCUUAUAAAGCGAGAAUAGUGAAAGUGGUUCCCACCCCAAAUAAUGGAAGUUCAGAGCUGAUUCCGCUGCAUCACACAGAUCAGCAGGAGCCUUGGUUUAUUUUUCAAAAAACGAAAUACUAUUGGGAUUCAGAUGUAAAAUCGUUCAGAGGACUGGAGUUUCCUAUUAAUCAUUCCGUGAAACAUUACUGUGAAUGGAAGGGCUACCUCGAUCAAGCAGAAGUUGAAGCAGCGGAGGAAAAAUAUGGAAAAAAUAAAUUAGACAUGGUUGUGCCAGAGUUCUGGGAACUCUUUAAGGAGCGUGCGAUUGCUCCAUUCUUCGUCUUUCAAGUAUUCUGCGUGGCGCUUUGGUGCUUAGACAAAUAUUGGUACUAUAGCAUCUUUACGCUGAUUAUGCUUAUCAUGUUUGAAUGUACCCUAGUACAGCAACAACUUAGAAAUAUGGCAGAAAUUCGCAAAAUGGGCAAUAAACCAUACAUGAUAAUGGUUUACAGAAACAGGCGAUGGCGCUUAUUAUUUACAGACCAACUAGUUCCUGGAGAUAUUGUUUCUAUUACGAGGCCUCAACAUGAUAAUUUAGUGCCAUGUGAUAUGUUGCUUUUGCGAGGUCCAUGUGUAGUUGACGAAAGCAUGUUAACAGGUGAAUCUGUUCCUCAAAUGAAAGAACCUAUAGAAGAUAUUGAUGGGAGUAAAACUAUAGAUAUUGAAGGCGAUGAUAAACUUCAUGUACUUUUUGGUGGAACGAAAGUCGUGCAACAUACACCUCCUAGCAAAAAUACUCCCGGCCUUCGAGCAACCGAUAAUGGAUGUGUUGCCUAUGUAUUACGUACUGGCUUUUCCACAUCACAGGGAAAACUUUUGAGAACGAUAUUGUUCGGUGUUAAACGCGUUACAGCCAAUAAUUUGGAAACUUUUGGCUUCAUUCUAUUCCUGCUUAUUUUCGCGAUUGCCGCUGCCGCGUAUGUUUGGAUCAAAGGCAGCGAAGAUCCUACGAGAAACAAGUACAAACUAUUUUUGGAAUGCACGUUGAUUUUGACUUCCGUUGUGCCACCAGAGUUACCUAUAGAAUUGUCGUUAGCUGUAAAUACAUCUCUGGUAGCUCUAUCCAAAUUAGGUGUGUUCUGUACGGAACCGUUCAGAAUUCCGUUUGCUGGCAAAGUUGAUAUUUGCUGUUUCGACAAGACUGGUACACUCACCAGUGAUAAUCUGAUUGUCGAGGGUAUUGCGGGCAUCGACGGUAAAUCAGAUGUAAUCCAAAUAUCGGAUGCACCUUUGGAAAGUGUACAAGUGCUGGCUACGUGUCAUUCUCUUGUUCAAUUAGAUGAUGGUAUCGUCGGGGAUCCGUUAGAAAAGGCUACCCUUAAAGCUGUAAAUUGGAGUCUUACAAAAAGUGAUUCUGUGAUUCCUAAAAAGGGCAAGUCUCCGGCACUAAAGAUUGUACAGAGAUUUCAUUUCUCAUCGGCUCUGAAAAGAAUGUGCGUUGUGGUUGGACAUAAUGUUCCUGGAGCUUCAGAAAUUCAGUAUAUGGCUACAGUAAAGGGCGCACCAGAAAUCCUAAAGGAUAUGUUAUCUUCUGUGCCGAAGAAUUACGAUUCAACUUAUUUAUCUCUCUCACGACGCGGUGCAAGGGUGCUCGCCUUGGGAUACCGGAAACUUCCUGGUACCUUUUCCUCUCAAGAUCUGAGGGAACUGACACGCGAAAAAUUGGAGAACAAUCUCACAUUCGCGGGAUUCGUCAUCAUCAGCUGUCCUCUCAAGCCUGACUCGAAAGCCGUAAUUAAAGAAAUCGUCAAUUCUUCGCAUUCGGUCGUCAUGAUAACCGGUGAUAAUCCCUUAACGGCCUGUCAUGUGAGUCGCGAGUUACAUUUCACGAAGAAGCCUCAUACACUCGUACUGACGGAAAAUGAUGACGAAUGGUUGUGGGAAAGCAUAGAUAAGACGGUGCAGCUUCCUCUAAGUGUAAAAAAUGUCGUAUCGUGUAAAGAAAUUUGGAAGGAUUAUGCGCUUUGCGUAACGGGCGAGGGUCUAUCGUAUCUGAAAGAAAAUCAACGAGAGCUUCUUCAAAGGUUCUUGCCGCACGUUGUGAUUUUCGCGCGAUGCGCACCGAAGCAAAAGGAAUUUAUUAUUGUGUCGCUGCAAUCUUUAGGCUAUACAACGUUGAUGUGCGGUGACGGAACGAACGAUGUUGGCGCCUUGAAACAUGCUGCAGUGGGUGUGGCAAUUCUCUCUAGUCCGCCCGAAAAGAUACUCUCCGACAAACGACAAUCGGAUGAUUCAAGGAACGACACCUCCGUGUCACCUGUGAGCAACGGACCAAGGACCAAUCCGAGAGGCGCCCCGCUGAAUACUCGCGCGAAGCUGCAGAAGAUCCUGAAGGAAAUCGAUAACGAGGAACAAUGUGUGAUCGUGAAACUCGGCGACGCCUCCAUCGCCGCUCCUUUCACCAGCAAAAUGUCAUCUAUCCAAUGCAUAUGCCACGUAAUCAAACAGGGACGUUGCACACUGGUCACCACUCUGCAAAUGUUCAAAAUAUUAGCAUUGAAUGCACUGAUACUCGCCUACAGCCAGUCAGUGCUGUAUCUGGAUGGAAUCAAGUUCAGCGACGCCCAGGCGACCUUGCAAGGUGUCCUUUUAGCGGCCUGUUUUCUCUUUAUCUCACGAUCGAAACCCGUGAAAACUCUAUCGCAGCAAAGACCACUACCGAAUAUCUUUAAUUUGUACACCAUCGCAACUGUAUUGCUGCAGUUUGCUGUACAUUUUAUCUGUCUCGUCUAUUUAGUAAGAGAAGCUACUAUUUUAUCUCCAAAGGACAAUAAGUUGGCAGCUAUAUUGAAUAAUUCCAGCCAAGUCAAUUCAUCACUGACUGGAGAUGACAGUAGUGAGGAUGAACCCUUCGAGGCGAAUUUGAUUAACAGCACUGUGUAUAUAAUUGCGAUGUCCCUUCAGGUUUCUACCUUCGCUAUAAAUUAUCGAGGUCAGCCAUUCAUGGAAAGUUUGGGACAAAAUAAGGCUCUUUUGUUCAGUCUUGUGAGCACUUCUGCCAUCAUUUUCUUACUGGCUUGUGGAUUUCUGCCAGGUGUAGCGAUACAGUUCGAAAUUGUAGACUUUCCAAGUCAUUAUCGUACAAUACUGGUUGAAAUGCUAGUCGCGGAUUUUGUCUUCGCGUAUAUCGUCGAUAGAGCUUGUCUAUGGGUCUUUGGCGAAGGAAGACAACAUAAGCUGUGAUGAAACUACCUUUUUACCGAAUACAGACUGUAUCAAAGAUUUUUGUAUAUUACUUUUGUUACUGAUCUUGUUCCACGUUAAGAGCUGACAACUUUUGUAUUUAAGAAUCGAUAAUUUAUCUGUGGAUAUACAUGUGUCAUCAUUUGCAACUGCAUUUUAUGUCGAUAUAUUUUUUGUUUUUUUCUCUGUUCGUUUGUUGCAUACGAAAAUGUAUUGCGAGAAUAUAAAUAUGUGCACAUUUAUUCAUAUUUUCGCUUAAUUUUCAUUUUUUUUUGCUGUCAACUUUUUUUCUGUGGAACAAGAAGCAGUGCUCUGGCGAUCAUUAUUUAUUGUCUAUGAAAAUAUUAAUGAUGUUCGAUUAUUACUGUCGAGUGACAGUAUUGUCUUUACAUAUUAUAUAUUUAUCGAUAACGUAAAAAGGAUAUUUUUCGAUAUCACAAUGUCUUAUAGACAAAGUUUUCAUGAAUAAUUUUUGAAUUUAUAUAUUCAGAUAUUCUCUCCUGCGUAAUUCAAUAAUUUUUGUUAACACAUUAACAACAAAUAUUGAUCGCGAAAGUACGUUCAAGAAAGGAUCGCACGCGUAUUUCGUGCGAAUAUAAAUUAUAGAUAAAAAAGAUCUUAUUUUUUUUUCUCCACAGUGCAAACAUUCGCACUUGGUAUAAGUUUUAUUAAAUACACAGACAUAUGUUAUAUAAGCUUAUAAAUUUAUAUAAAUUUUUACGUCGGCACAUUUUUAUAUAAAUUUAUAUAGACAUAUUUAUAUGAACAUAUGUCUAUGUUUUUAAAAUGAAGUUUGCUCAUGAUCUUAAAUAAAUGUGAAACCUUGCAUGAUUGCGCGAAUGAUUUUUAUAACAUUUCUGACACGAUUGCUUGUAACGGUAUCGUUUUAUGCAUCAAUUGCAUUCCAUUUCAACAAACGCUAUGUAUUUUAGCGGGGAUACACUUUUUUGUGGCCACAUUUCACCUUUUUCUGAUUAAAUAUAAUUAUCGUUAUCAUUUUUCUUUGAUUUUUUUUGUUAUAAGUGUGACCAGUAAUUAACUGUUAUCAUUUCGUUUCACAUGAUCUGCAGUUACGAAAAGAAAAAACCCCCAAAAAAAACAAAACGAGAGAAAAAUAUCUGUUUGUCCGUAUUGUGAAUCGAAUUAAGGAUAGUUGUAUAUUAUUGUACAUUUAUAAUACCUAUAAUAAAACGUUCGUUCAAAGUAA